GUUAAAGGUGCUGAUGCCCACUGUCAAUGGCACUGCAGGGGCUGGUGCUGGGCAGCGCUGCACACUGGCCUCUGUUCUGCUUAGGCCCUGUCCCAGGUCACUGCUGCCCUCGUGAGCGCUCAGCAAGUGUGCUAUGAUAGUGAGUGGACCACGCAGGCUGCCCACGCACUCAUCAGUGGUACUCCCUGAACUGAUGUGAGUGUGGUGAGAAGUGAAUUUGUGCUCAUGGUCACUGGCCGGCAAGGUCAGCCAGUCCUGCCUCAUUUUAUAGUUCACCAGAGUGACGGCUCAAGUCAAAGCAGUGGUUUUUCUUCUUAACUGAUCUUUUGUCCAAAAGCCACACAGUACUGUGAAUACAGACGGCCAGGGGAGAACAGCUAGUGUAAGCCCGAGCGGGGCGUGGCUUUACAUUAGGGGUCUCUGGCUGCAGCAACAGACUGGACUUCAGGGAGUUUUGACCGUGCUGAGCAGAGCCCCUCUGGUCGGGAGGCCGAGCAUCUGGAAACUUCUGCCUGGCAGCACUGUCUCUCCCGGCUGGGGUGGGGCGGCCACUGUUCGGUGAGCCGACUUGCCAGGGAAAGGCCUGGCGCUCGCCAGAAGAUCAAUGCAUGCAGGUGCCUGUGCAAGUGCGGACGGCUGCACUCCUGGAGCUGCUCACCCUGCAGAGAGCAGAGGUGCAGCGGCACGAGCAGCGGGGCCGGGAGCGCGGAGACCACUGAGCAGAGCUCGAGGUCUGUGUCUAAGCACAGGACAGACGUUUCAUCAGUCACUGUGGGUGCAGGAUUCUCUAUUGAAUACAAGAGCUUCCUUCGUCAGUAAAACAGAAAACUGAUGGUUGGCAGUUCUGUGUGUCUAGCAAUUUCUCUCACCCUAUGUAUAGCAUAAGGACAAUUACCCACCAAGAGGCAAGCAAACAGUAGGAUAUUUCAUUAGAAUGAAACCAAGUAAUUGAUUUAUAAUUUAUAGAGCCAAAUUGAAAGAACUGAUUAGAAUUUCCUUCAUUUUUGCUCCGAUGCACAAAAGUUGUUAGCUAGGUCCCAUGGCUAACAUGAGCAGUGUACAGCAGUUUAAGCCUGUAUUUCUAGAAAUGGGUGUUAGUAUUUACAGGAUUCUCCAACUUAGAAAGAAAGAAGAAAAAUAGAAGAACUCAGCUCAGCAGAGGCCGGUUAGUGCUGGCGUGGAUUGUGUGUUUAGUCUUCUGUAUUUACCAAGUCAGGCGAUUGUUCAAGAGACACGGGAAAGUGCUCUCCCUGAGAUGGGGGCAAAGGCUACGUGAGAACCCGGAGCUGGGGGUAAGGUUCUAGAACUUCUGGCCCCCAGACUGACACGAGGUGUCACACGUGGUAGUGACUCCAGUGGUCUCCCUCGUGGCCGUGCAGCGGCAUGGUGGGUGGGAACGCCUCUUCGGCCACGGACUUCCUCCUGGCCGGGCUCUUCCCUGGGUCCCGGCACUCCCUGCUCCUCAAUGCCACCGUGGUCCUCAUCUACAUCCUGGCCUUCCUGGGAAACACCCUUCUGAUCAUCCUGAUCCUAGGGGAUGCCCGGCUACACACACCCAUGUACGUCCUGCUCAGCCAGCUCUCCCUCAUCGACCUGACACUGACCUCUACCAUCGUCCCCAAGAUGGCUGCCAACUUCUUCACAGGGGAGAGGGGCAUCUCCUGGGUUGGCUGCGGGACACAGAGCUUCUUCUUCCUGUUGCUGGGGAUGUCUGAGUGCCUCAUCCUGACCCUCAUGGCAUACGACCGCUACGUGGCUGUGUGCAACCCGCUGCGCUACCCCGCCAUCAUGAGCCCCAGGUUCUGCCUGCAUAUGGUUUCUGGGUGUUGGGUUGGAGGCUCAGCCAGCUCCUUGGUUCACACGGUUUACCCUCUGCACUUCCCCAUCUGCGGGUCCCGGGAGAUCCAGCACUUCUUCUGCGAGGUGCCCGUCCUCAUCAAGCUGUCUUGUGAGGACACAUCCGUGUAUCAGUCUGUGGUGGUGGUAACCAGUGUGGUGCUGCUGGUCGUCCCCUUCGGUCUCAUCACAGCCUCCUACACACUCAUCUUCCUCGCCGUGCUCCGCAUGAGCUCCGUCAAGGGGAGGCGGAAGGUCUUGGCCACCUGCUCCUCCCACCUCACGGUGGUGAGUCUCUUCUUUGGUCCGAACAUCUUCAUUUACAUGAGCUUCACCUCUUCCCACAGCCCAGAGCAGGACCAGGCGCUGUCUGUGUUCAGCAAUGUGCUCACCCCCAUGCUGAAUCCCCUCAUCUACAGCCUGAGGAACAAGGAGGUGCUGGCUGCACUCCAGAAGCUGGCGGGGAGGUGCGGGGCUUCCUAGGGAGCAGAGACAGUGACGGGCUGUGGGGGUGAGCAGAGCAGCGGCCGGGCAGGGGGGAGCCGGUUGUACUCAUGGCUUUAGGAGACCAUGAUGAGAGUUCUUUCUGAAUGAAGUUUCGGCUGUGAGUCCCAGACCUCCGCGGGAGGCUGCUUUGCUUUUAUUGUAAAUAUCCCUGGAGCCUUAUCAAGUCAGGAACAUAUUAAAAUUCUUUUAUGUUUUCAUUAAUUGGCUCUGAAGUCUCUCAAGUUCCUACAUAUAUAUUAGGAACCCAAAGGGUUCACCUUUGCCAAGUGUGCAUGGUAUUUGGCAGAGCAAAUCAUUUGAAUUCCAAAGCCCAAUCUGCACCCUGAUGGCAUCUCCUGUAUUGCAAGAUGCUCAUGAAAGGGGCUUAUUGAGCCCCAGGUGUGGGGUGCACCUACUGGGGUACACGUUCGAGGUGUGAGCGUGUACUCUUCAGGGCAGCGUCAUGUGAGUAUGUCUUUGUCUCACACGAUGAGCUGUCAUGAUCUCCACAGCUAAACAUGCACAUUCCACGCUCCAGCUUCCCUGCCUUGCAGGGGAAGGGUUGGACUCUGGGUCAGUGCACUGCACACCCCGGGGCCACUGUGUCCAUGGACGGCCACGUGGGCUUCUCUCCCUGUUCACUCUCUUCCUGUGAGGCCCUCCCUGACACCUCAGAGGGUCUCUUCCCAGACUUGCACCCCUCCCUGAGCAAUCUGUCCACACGUAGCUGCACAGUUCUGUGCGUGAACCUUCCUGUGGCAGUUGCCACCAGCGCGUGGGAAGUGUGGCUGUUGGAGCAAUCUGGGAGCACCUCAGAUAGAGACGUGCCGCCUGGACACGCUCGCCGCCGCCCUGCUGGCUGCUCACUCUGCCAAUCUGAGCACUGCUUCCAUCGGUGGGUUCUGGCCCUGAGUGUUGUGUAGGGACAGAGAACAAAGUGUGGAACUUGACUCUAGACUGGACAGCAGCCUUAGUCUCCACCUCUGAUGUCGGCCUUGGGGGUUGCUUAUGCUAAGCGCAAGCUGCCUGUGCAUCUGUUUGCUCCUAAGAUUGCAGUUGGCCGUCUGCACACUCCCCACGUGCUGGUCCCUCCAAGCUCCUGGUUCAUGUGCAUGUAGUCAUCGCUGCCGCCAGCCUCUGCGGCUUCAGGACACUCUCUCACCUCAGUCCUGACUUUGAGCUUCUCAGUGACCCUGGGGUGUCCAUCAUGGAUGCAGUGACCUGAUGGCCUUGGGAUGAUGUGUCCUUGGGGAGUGAUGUGUGCUGCUCCGGUAUCGCUGUCUGCCUCCUCAGUGUCCUUCCUCUGUGCCCCGUCAGCCUCUCGGGAUGCACAGUCUUCUCAGCCUCGAGGGUGUAGGUCACCCCUCUUUCCACGACUCCAGAGGCACCCAGCAGUGACUUUGACAUUGACUCCUUGAGUGGUUCUUGUGUCCUUGUUUCUGAGGAAGUGUUCACCUAUACAAGGACCCUUCCAAAAGCUCAUGGAAAUACAACAAAAACAUCCAUUUCUUUUGAUAUAAAACACCUUUGAAAUCUAUGCAUGGUUUUUCACAAUUCACAGGUUUUUUUUGAAGACCUCUUAUAUGCAUGGAUUUCCAGAGUUUUUUUUAGACAAAUAUAUAUUUAUUUGUUAGAAAGGCAAAGAGAGAGAAAGAGAAAGGAGAGAGAGAAAGGGAGAGAGAGAGAGAUCUUCCAUUUGCUGGUUCAUUCCCCAGCGGGCAGCAAUGAGAAGGUCUGGGCCAAUCCAAAGCCAGGAUCCAGGAGUCAAAGAGUCAAAAGUGUCCCCUCAUCCACCAUCGUAUGCAUACGGUAUCAACUCCUCUCUCUGAAAGGCGACUCCACUGAAGGCGGUAUCAUCCCCUCAUGAUGUCCACAAAGCAGAGAGGUAGCGG